GUUUAACACAUUGUAGUGGAAGAGUUUGAGCUACACACACACACACAGCAGUAAAAGAAAUGGAAGCUCCAAAGAAGUACAUUUGUGUUCUGGGGUUUCUUUUGUUUCUAGGAAUUGCAGAGCUUGGAGGGGUUAAUGGGGCUGGUGAAUGUGGAAAGGCUUCUCCAGACACAGAAGCUUUCAAGUUGAUUCCUUGUGCAUCAGCAGCAAAGGAUGAAAAUGCCACACCUUCUAGUGCUUGCUGCCUUCAGGUGAAGAAGUUGGGCCAGAACCCUGGAUGCCUUUGCGCUGUUAUGCUUUCCAACACUGCUAAAAACUCUGGAGUCAACCCUGAAAUUGCCAUAACCAUUCCCAAACGCUGCAACCUCUCUGACCGUCCUGUUGGUUAUAAGUGUGGAGCUUAUACCUUACCUUGAAGACUGAAGAUCACAAAAGUCAUCCCCUCUUGGAUAUGACUAAAAAGUACUACUCGUUUGGUUUAGUUGUAUGCUGCAGGCUAGUUGUUUAUCUAGCUAAUAAAGUUACUGUCAUAUCCAAACUUGUGAUUAGUAAAUAAAAUUGCAGUGUUUUAUGCUGUUUGGCUAAUAAGGUGCUUCUUGUUUCAUCUCA